AUGUCCACACUCGUCCCAGCGCAACAACACGCUGCCGUUGCCAAUCACCUUGAGGCUUCCCAAACACAACAACGGAUGAAUGGCUCGGAGAAGGAUCAUCAUCAUCAUUUGACUGGAAUGGAUGAAAUGGAGUUGGCUUUAACAACUAGCAAUGGUGCUGCAUCAAAUGAUACCAACAACAAUUCGGCCGAACAGUUAGGCAAGAAUGAUUCAACAACAACUACAACCUCUAAUUAUUCUCCAAGUACAUCUUCCACUCGCUUGCUAACACCAGAGGAGAUUAUGAUUAUCAAAAGGCAACGAGAAGAAGUUCCUUUUAUGUUAACAUCAUUUCCCGAUCCGAGAACAAACCAUGGUUACCGAGCACACUUUCAUACUCUUUGUCCAUACACUUCAAAAUUAAUAUGCUAUUGUAACAAGUUUUUCCUAAAUAGCAAACAACAGCAACGAUUCAUACACAACACUAAGAAUAUAUUAGAAAUGUAUUGCAGCAAAAGACCAGAGUAUGCUAGGGAGGUUGGAUUUAUGAUUAAUGAAGAACCAACUCUCAACAGUUCAAUUAUAGUUUCUAAGGAUAGAUUGGAAAAUGUUGUCAACACUUACAGUGACAUAUUGGAGUCCAUGUCAUCCAAUAGCAAGACCGAGCCAGUUUCAGCACAUCCAUCAGAGUCAUUAUUUCAGCUUCUUGAUAAUUCGGAAAACGCAGGUUCAAGCUCGAGUGUCCAAGAAAAACAGCAGACAUCAACAUUAUUUACUGAAUCUGAACUCUCUCAAAUUCCUAAAAAGAGAGGAAGACCUAGGUCGAGGAAACUUUGUAAAAAAUGUGACAGUGGUGAUCAGGAGGAUAAGCUCAUUCAUUGUGUAGCUUGUAAUUGCUAUUUCCAUACUUUUUGCCAUGAGCCCAACAUGGAUCAUUUGGAGCAAAAACACCGAGAUAAUUGGCUUUGUGCUGACUGCAAAAUUUGCUUGAAGUGUAAAAAGAAUUCAGAUGAGAGCGAGAUGAUUAUUUGUGAUUAUUGUGACAAUGCAUAUCAUUACAAAUGUUUAGAUCCACCGCUGAAUGAAGCACCUAAAGAUCUGUGGUUUUGUCCAACUUGCCAAGAAACGAGUAGUGAAAAGAUAGAAGAAUUUAAAAAAACAAAACAAUCCCAGUCAGAAGCGAUCAAACAAGAACAUAAGAAACCAUCAAACGAAAAGAAAACAAAGACUCCCAAGAAGAAGAAAAAGAAUAAAUAA